AUGCCGCGGAGGACGCACCGGAAAUCGCGCAAUGGCUGUCUAGAGUGUAAAAGACGUCAUAUCAAAUGCGACGAGAAACAUCCGCUCUGCGGCAAUUGCCGCAGCUCGGAACGUGCUUGCGAAUACGCGGAUCGGUUCAGAAGCAGCACGACUAGAUCCCGACGAAGUAAUGCUUCGACUCCAAGUAACCCUGGGCCGAGUCCCAAUGCUGAGCCAUCGUCACAGCGUUAUUCGGUUGAAGCAACCGCAUCGGAGACGACCAGCUCCGAAUAUCAGUCUGUCAAUAUGGUUCAUGCAGAGCUCAUUUAUCAUCUCGCCACUGAGACUCUCCCUUCCUUAGGCGAUCUUGCAGCCCCCUGGAGACUGACUCCGGAAAUCAUGCGCGUCGGAAUGUUGACCCCCUACCUUCUGAAUGAGCUCCUGUCUCUCAGCGCUCUGCAUUGCAGUAUUGUCCGCCCUGCGGAGCGCGAGCGGUACCGCCGCCACGCCGCCCAGCUCCAGACUCACGCGCUGGAGAUCUUCGGCCAGGAGCAACGAGGCAUUACUCCGGAAACAUGCGUCCCGAUGUUCCUCUUUUCCUCGAUUCUCGGUCUGCAUAUGCUCUGCGACACCAUCGUCUAUCGUGCGGAGACCAGUUUCGAUGGAUUCCUCGAUCAAUUCGUCCACUACCUCAAGUUGCACCGCGGCGUGCGAGCCAUUACCGCGGAAUCAUGGGAUGCUCUACGUGGGUCGAUACUGCAACCAAUGCUCCAGCAUGGGCAGGAUAUGUUUCAAUGCGGUGCGGACCUGAGCUCGGAGUGCCGGGAGCUCAUGGAUCUGAUUGAGGCGGCUCGGUUGGGCGAGCAGACGACCUCGGUUUAUAGGGGGGCAGUGCGUGCGCUGCACAUCUCAAUGUGCGCAUCGGGGCUGACAAGUGGUACCGCGGGAAUGAAAUACUAUAUCGGUGGCAUCACUGGGUGGCCGGUCAUCGUUGAAUUGGAAUACGUGGAUAUGUUGGAACAGCGUCGCCCGGAAGCGCUCGUCAUCUUGGCGUGCUACGGUGUGAUCUUGCAUCACGCGAGGAAUAUGUGGACUUUUGGCGACGGGGGACGGUUCUUGAUCGAGGCCAUCGGGUCGCAUCUUGGACCUCGGUGGGAUGAGUGGAUGGAGUGGCCUAAUCGGAUACUAGGAGAAUCGCGGGAGUGAAAAUUAUUUUGCACUGUUUAUAUAUCUGGCUUCGGUGCGGCCGGGCGUGUAUAGAUACCCUUCUGGUUAAUGUAGGAGACUUCCCCUUUCCCUGAUCCGGAGGCUGUCAGCUGAAUUAUCAGGA